AUGGCUGCGCUCACGGGCGCAUGGCCUGUGGCGAGACUGACCGUUCGCCUUAGACGCGGAUUGCACACCGCACGGAAACUGCAUCAUCAACGAUGUGUUCGGGUGAGAUUUGCCCCAAGCCCCACCGGGAUGCUGCAUCUUGGCGGCCUCCGGACGGCACUUUACAACUAUUUGUUCGCGAAAUCCAACCCAGGAGGAAAGUUUCUGCUUCGAAUCGAAGACACAGAUCAGACCCGCUUAGUACCAAGGGCAACAGAAAAGCUGGAAGAAAUGCUAUCCUGGGCAGGUAUCUCGCCUGAUGAAGGGCCCAGCCAAGGUGGUAACUAUGGUCCAUACAAACAGUCUGAAAGAAUUGAGCUCUACCAAGAAAGCAUCAAAGUGCUUAUUCAAAAUGAGAGUGCAUACCAUUGUUUCUGUACGCCAAGAAGACUGGAACUAGUUCGUAAAGAAGCUGGUCGCAGAGGGGAGACCCCGAGAUAUGACAAUAGGUGUCGCCAGUGGUCAAGUUCAGAAGUCAAGGAGAAGUUAGCAAGAAAUACACCCUAUGUUAUCAGGUUAAAGCUUGAAGACGUAGCAGAGCCGUGGGAUGAUCUGCUGAAAGGACGUACGUCGCACAACUUAGCCGAUGCUGAGGGAGAUCCGGUUCUCAUUAAAAGUGACAGGUAUCCCACAUACCACUUCGCCAAUGUGGUAGAUGAUCAUCAUAUGGGGAUAACUCAUGUUCUUCGAGGAGACGAAUGGCAGACCUCCACGCCCAAACAUCUGUUACUGUACAAAUCAUUUGGAUGGGAUCCUCCCCGAUAUGCUCACCUCCCUCUCAUUCUCAACAAGGAUGGAACCAAACUUUCUAAACGAGGAGAUGACAUCCAAGUGGAGCACUUUAAGGACUAAGGUUAUUACCCAGAAGCUGUGCUGAAC